AUGAAGUUUACCCUCGAUCCAGAGGACUAUGAUUAUCUCAUUCCGAACGAUGACAUUGUGGGAUUCCGAUUCACAAUCAGCGAACGCCAACUGGACACUAUUCGACCUAUGGCUGCUGGGGCAGUCGUCAGCCCAAGAUUCCAUUCAUUAGUGCAUAUUUCCCGAAAAGAACCCCGGAGUGAAUUGGUGACACAGGAGACACCACCGACAUGCCCACAAUAUUUUAUUCAAUCUGUGAUCCAAUCGGAAAAGAGACCCUCUCGCCUUCGGCUUUUAGGCUCCACAGAAAGUGGCCCCUUCCUAAGAAACACCUCUGCAGUCACUUUGGGCACUUGGGUUCAACAACGAGCGUUCCUACGGUCUUACAAUCGAACUGCGUUUGAGUCACUGCAAUCCAUGACCAGUGAGCUAAUCACAGCACGACGGGAUGCUACUGGGGCCAUAACCUCUAUGCAGAAAAUGAACGAUGAAUUGGCUGAAUCAUUAAAGCGCUCUGAGCAUCUAAUCUCAUCCACUGACUCACGGGGUCAAACUAGUCAUCUGACUCUUCGGAGACAAUGUUUGCUUCGCAUCAGUCAGUUGUGGCAAUCUACACGCGAGUUGAUGCUGCUACGAGAAUCAUCGGAAAGCGUUCAUUUGUCCAAGGUAUUACGGUAUCAAACAAAUUUAAGAGAUGCAGAGCACACCUGGGCAGAACUUCUUCUCACGGACAGUUUUUAUGAAGCGAAAUCUAUAUUAACACCCAGUGUAUCGUUGCUCCGCACAAUUCUGACAAUGGUAAUGAAAUAUCGCAUGCUGUUCAAUAAUGAAACCGACCCUAACCAUGAUGACCGAAUAUCAUUUCGAAUUCCGCAUGCCAAAGCAUGCCGCUCGAUUGCAAGAAAGUUCAUGCAUCAGCUUGUCCAUAUCGGUGACCGAGCCAGUUCAGCUGUGGUACAUGUGGAACACCUCAAUCAGGAAUUACGAAAUUUAGUCCGCUUCAACCGUGCUGUCCGUGUCCAGUAUCCACGCGUGCCCCCGGAAACAGCCAGACUGCCUUUAUCAAGCCUGGUUGUGACUACUUUUCAAAUCACUGAUGAACCCACUUCGAAACUGCGUGCUCGUGACUUUAUCGAAAUGCAGCUUAUCCAAGAGGCUUCAGUAUCGCUCAUCUUUGACAUUAUUUUCGGAUACCUCUUCCUGUGCAUAUUCAUCGAAUUGGUCUGCUUACAAUGCAAGCAAAGAAUCGAGUUUGAAAAGCGACCUAAGGAGCAGCUCAAAAGUUUUAGCAACAAUUGCCAACUGGUGUGUAACAUCAUGGAGCAGACACGCCGAGUGACACAUGGAUCUACCGAGCCCUUAUUUCUAUCCGAGAACUCCAAAUACACCGUUUGCGACUUUCAGAACUCAUUCUUUGUUUACAAAGAUCAGAAAUCUUUUCAGAUCGAACACUUUGAAGAUUUACCACGCUGUCCUGCAAGCUCACUCCCCACAGCCAGUACGCCAGAUACCGCAAAUCACUCUGAACUCUCAAAGCAACAAAAGAAAUCGGUUAAUCAGUCUGCCCUAGUUCCUUAUGCAAGUGGUCAGCAUACAUGGGUUACGAUGAAGCCGAGUCCCAUUUCUUAUGAAAGGUGA